CAAAGCAGUGCAAAGCAAACAGUACCACCGCCACCAUAACCAAGCAACGAUUUAGCUCACACCCCAGACCACACAUAGCAUCAUCUCCAAGACACCAACAACACAAUCAUGGCACAACAGCCAUUGUCGUCGGCCGUCCAGCCGACAGACAUCUACGGAGGAGAUGAGGUCUCCGCCCUCGUCCUCGACCCGGGCUACUGCAGCACACGCGCCGGCUUUGCGGGCGAGGACGUGCCCAAGUCGGUCCUGCCCUCCUUCUACGGCCACGUCGGCGGCCGCGACAUCUUCGGCGACGAGGUCAUGAUAGCCCGCGAAGGGUUCGAGGUCCGCAACUACAUGGGCCGCGACAGCGUGGUCGAGAACUGGGACGUGGCCCCGCGCCUGUGGGAGCACAUGCUGGUCAAGCGCCUGCAGCCCGACCGCGCGCACCUGCUCGGCCGCACACCCGCCAUCGCCAAGCCCAAGCCCGUCGACGCCCCCGCCGCCAACGGCAACGGCGAGAAGCCCGCAGACGGCGAGGGCGACGUCGCCAUGGACGACGCGGCAGCAGGCGCCGCCGCCGCCGCCGCCGCCGCCGCCGAAGCGGAGGCGGAGUCUAGUGAGGACAUGUUGGAGACAGCCCUGGGCGAGAACCCGCUGCUGAUGACGGAGGCACCUUGGAACCCGACCAAGGCGCGCGAGAAGGCCAUCGAGAUCGCCAUGGAGGGCUGGGGCGUGCCCGCCUUUUGGCUGACCAAGACGCCCGCGCUGGCCGCCUUCGCCGCCGGAAAGGCCACGGCCCUGAUCGUAGACGUAGGUGGCGCCAACGCCAGCGUGGUGGCGGUGCACGACGGCAUGGUCCUCAAGCGCUCCAUCCAGCACUCCCCCAUCGGCUCGGGCCUGUGGGUCUCGGGCCAGAUCCGGUCCAUGUGGGACGCGCAGGACCCGCCCGUCAAGCCGGCGCCGCACUUCCUGGUGGAGAACAAGACGCCCGUCGACGCCGGCGCCGAGGCCAAUGCGAGGCUGCGGACGUUCCCCUUCGACGUCUCUCCCUCGUUCCGCGCCUACGAGGACGAGCGCCUGAUGACCGAGUUCAAGGAGUCGGUCGUCGAGGUCUGGCGCGGCCCCCAGAAGCUGGCGGCCCCGACGGUCGAGGACUAUGUGCGCUCCCAGCCCGGCCGCGUGUUCGAGAUGCCCGACGGGUCCAACCAGAUGUGGCGCGAGCAGCGCUACAAGGUCACCGAGGGCAUGUGGGAUGAGGCGGCCGCCUACGGGACCCAGGCCUCGGCACCGGCAGCCGCCGCACCGGCGCCGACGCCGGCAGGAGGAAGUGAGGAUUCGAAACCGGCGCCGGCGGCGGGCACCAAGCCCAUGACCAUCCCAGACCUGAUCCGCGCCUCGCUCAACGGCGUCGACCCGGACUUGCGGGGCGCGUUCCUGGGCGCCGUGGUGGUGACGGGCAGCUCUACCCUCUUCAACGGCUUCAACGACCGGCUCAACGCCGAGCUGAUGGCCAUGUACCCUUCGGCACGCGUUAAGCUGCACGCCGCGGGCCUAACGAGCGAGCGCCGCUUCGGCGCCUGGAUCGGCGGCAGCAUCCUCGCCAGUCUCGGCACCUUCCACCAGAUGUGGAUCUCCCGCAAGGAGUACGAGGAGAACGGGCCCGGCAUCGUCGAGAAGCGGUGCAAGUAGUAGCACGCGCGCGCCUUGGGGAUGGUCCGUCCCCCAUUUCUCCCGAGGAACUGAUGCCCUCUCUGAUGUAUGAGUCCCGCGGAUAAAAGAGAUAAAAGGAAAGAGACAAAAAAAAGAAAAGAGAG